AAAAAACUCACUCGCUACCUCAACUGGAUUGGAACUCCAACCAAAGUGUUUAAUGUGGGACAGUAUCGCCGGGAUGCACGCAGAGCUACAAGAGCUACCAGUUCUUCCGUGCUGACAACCAGGAAGCCAUGAAAAUUCGCAAGCAGUGUGCACUCAAUGCUCUUAAGGAUGUCCACACUUACCUGUCACGAGAGGAUGGACACGUUGCAGUAUUUGACGCCACCAAUACCACUAGAGAGAGGAGGUCUGUGAUAUUGCAGUUUGCCAAGGAGCGAGGUUACAAGGUGUUCUUCAUUGAGUCAAUCUGUGAUGAUCCAGAUAUCAUUGCUGAAAACAUCACUCAAGUGAAGCUAUCCAGCCCAGACUACAUAGGCUGUGAUCGGGAAAAGGUGGUGGAGGACUUUCUGAAGAGGAUUGAAUGUUAUCAAAUGAAUUAUGAGCCAUUGCAUGAUGACCUGGACAGCUCUCUGUCUUAUAUUAAGAUUUUUAAUGUUGGGAGCCGCUAUCUGGUGAAUAGAGUGCAGGAUCACAUUCAAAGCCGGGCGGUUUACUACCUGAUGAAUAUCCACGUAACGCCACGCUCCAUCUACCUAUCCCGCCAUGGGGAGAGUGAGCUCAAUCUUCUGGGAAGGAUUGGUGGGGACUCUGGACUGUCUGUACGAGGAAAAAAACAGUAUGCUCAUGCACUGGGAAACUUCAUUAAGUCUCAGCAGAUCCCAGACCUGAAGGUUUGGACCAGUCAUAUGAAGCGUACCAUCCAGACAGCAGAAGCAUUGCACGUCCCGUAUGAGCAGUGGAAGGCGCUGAAUGAGAUAGAUGCGGGCGUCUGUGAGGAGAUGACUUAUGAAGAGAUACAGGAUCAUUUCCCUGAGGAAUUUGCACUAAGGGACCAGGAUAAAUAUCGCUACAGAUACCCCAAGGGAGAGUCCUAUGAGGAUCUUGUACAGAGACUGGAGCCGGUUAUUAUGGAGCUGGAGCGUCAGGAGAAUGUUUUGGUGAUCUGCCAUCAAGCUGUUAUGCGCUGCCUGCUGGCCUACUUUCUAGACAAAACAGCCGAAGAACUGCCAUACCUGAAAUGCCCUCUUCAUACCGUAUUGAAACUGACGCCUGUGGCCUAUGGUUGUAAAGUCGAAUCAAUCUACUUGAAUAUUGAAGCCGUGAACACACAUAGGGAAAAGCCAUCGAAUGUGGAAGUGUCUCGUGAUCCAGAGGAGGCAUUGGACACCGUCCCCGAACAUUUUUAA